UGUUCAUUCGAGUAGCAACAUUUGGUUCGUUUGGACGUUUGAUUGCGUUCUCACGACUUCUUCUUCACAAAUUCUCAAAGUUAGAAGUUUUUUUUAAUGAUAUUUAAGUGAUUACGGAGAAAAAAUUCCAUUGAUCGCGUGUGUGUGGCUGCUUUAGUGAUCAAAAUCAUCAUUCUGUGUGCAUCAUUUGUGAAAAAAUAAUCAACUUCUUGCAGGAAUAUUGUAAAAUUAAAACAACAUGUCUAAUGGGAAAACUGUCUUGGUGACUGGUGGAGCCGGUUACAUUGGAUCCCACUGCGUUGUGAGUCUCCAAGAGGCUGGCUACCAAGUGAUCGCACUGGACAACUUUGCCAAUGCCGUCAAUAAUUUCAAGAAUGAAUCUGUUGCACUGCAGCGUGUGGCACAAAUCACAGGGAAGACCGUUGACUUCCACAGAUGCGAUCUCCUGGAUCUCGAAGCACUCGAUCAGAUCUUCCAGAAGUACAAAAUCGAUUCGGUCAUUCACUUUGCCGCCAUGAAGGCCGUUGGGGAGUCAAUGCAGCAACCACUUUUGUACUACAAGAACAAUCUAAUUGGCAUGAUUCACCUGCUGGAGGUGAUGAAGAAGCACAAAGUCUUCAAUUUGGUCUUCUCCAGCUCAUGCACGGUUUACGGUGAACCGAAGGAGCUCCCGAUAACGGAGGAGAAGGAAACUGGGCGGGUGACCAAUGUCUACGGGAGGACAAAGUUCUUUAUUGAGGAAAUGCUGCGAGAUAUCUCCGUGGCUGAGGAGGAAUGGAAUAUUAUUGCUUUGAGGUACUUCAACCCAGUAGGAGCGCAUAAAUCUGGGCUCAUUGGGGAGGAUCCCACAAAACAAUUCACCAACCUCAUGCCCUACAUCAGUCAGGUGGCCAGUGGGAAGAAGGAAUGUCUGACAAUAUUUGGGGAUGACUACGACACGCCCGAUGGAACGGGAAUCCGCGACUAUAUUCACGUAAUGGACCUCAGUACAGGACAUGUGAAGGCACUUGAGAAGCUCGAGAAGCAACAUCUUCGUCUCAGGAUGUACAAUUUGGGCACAGGGAAGGGAGUCUCCGUACUGGAAUUGCUCAAGACAUUCGAGAGAGUGAACAAUGUGAAAGUUCCCUACGUGAUUGAGGCACGACGGGAGGGAGAUAUCUCAUCAAUGUAUGCGGAUCCCACCUUGGCAGAGACAGAACUUGGGUGGAAGGCAGAGUAUACGCUGGAAGAGAUGUGCACCGACUUCUGGCGGUGGCAGACAAUGAAUCCAAAUGGCUACAAGACCGGAGUUGUCAAUGGGCAUUGAUAAAAAAAAAAAUAAAAUCUCUCAAAUAUUGAGUUUAUUGAAUAAACUUA